AUGGCUUGGAGCUUUCCUGAUGUUUUGUGCUGGAUUAAAAACCUUUCACCAAUAUCAGAAUGGGAAACAAGUACCAUGGCCCUAAAUAUAUGUUCCCCUUCAAGCUCAUCCCUACCAUUUCUUUAUCUUACCAUAACCAAAAAUCAUCAUUCCCCGAAACUCUCUUUUGUCAUUUCUGCAGUGCUAAAUACUCCUGUUCCUCUUUGGACUUCGAAGCCCUGGAAAUUUGAGGAAUCUGUUUAUGGCUUCACUGCAAAUUUGAAUUGGUUUCUUCAUGAUAGCACGGAUGGCAAAGAAGUUUUGUCAUCAAAGCCUUCAAAGUGUGCAUUGCUUAACCCAAAGUCAUGGUUCAAGAACCGGUACUCGAGUGCUCACCGACCUAUCAUCACUAGGGAAGGAGGGGUUACUUUUGCUGGUGAUGAAUAUGGACAAAAAAUGUGGUGGCAAGUGGACAAAAGUACUAUAGGGAAAACAACUGAGUGGGAAAUAAGGGGUUGGAUAUGGUUAACAUAUUGGCCUAACAAACACGUACCAUUGUACAAUGAAACUAGGAGGUUGGAGUUUCGAGAAAUAGUCCUAGCUAUACCUUAUUAG